CUGCUGCAACGGAAAGGCUUGCUGCACAUGGCAUGGGGGGAGGGAGGGAGAGCGGGGAAGGCGGAGAGGGCGGGGAGGAGCGGGGAGGGCGGGGCGGGCGGGGAGGAGCGGGGAGGAGCGGGGAGGAGCGGAGAGGGAGGGGAAGGAGCGGGGAGCGCGGAGGGCGGGGAAGGAGCGGGGAGCACGGAGGGCGGGGAAGGAGCGGGGAGCGCGGAGGGCGGGGAAGGAGCGGGGAGCACGGAGGGCGGGGAAGGAGCGGGGAGCGCGGAGGGCGGGGAAGGAGCGGGGAGCACGGAGGGCGGGGAAGGAGCGGGGAGCACGGAGGGCGGGGAAGGAGCGGGGAGCGCGGAGGGCGGGGAAGGAGCGGGGAGCACGGAGGGCGGGGAAGGAGCGGGGAGCACGGAGGGCGGGGAAGGAGCGGGGAGCGCGGAGGGCGGGGAAGGAGCGGGGAGCGCGGAGGGCGGGGAAGGAGCGGGGAGCGCGGAGGGCGGGGAAGGAGCGGGGAGCGCGGAGGGAGAGACCUGUUUUUGGGAAGGGAGAGCGACACGUCAUGAGAAGCCAGCUGUCGGACCCGUGCGGCUGGAAGCUCACGCGCCGCACCUCCAGCACCCUCUCCUCCGCCGCCCUCCCCGCUGCUGCGCCCUCCGCCACUGCGCCCCCCACCGCCCGCGCAAGCGUCGCCCCUGCCCCGCCUCUUCCGCCUCCUCCACUGCUUCCCCCUUCACCUCCGCAUAUCUCCCAUCUCCGCGCGCUUUCGGCCUCCGCGGCAAGUCUGGGGAAAAACGGGGCGGCGUGACGACCUUCAUUCCCAGCCGCCCCGCAUCGGACGGCCAAUCGCACUCUCCGGUGUGGCGUCCCCGAAUCGAACGGUCGAAUUGCCAUUCGUACGACGACGCCACGUGGCAAGCGAAGGUAGCGCUGGUGCCGCUAGUGGCGUUGGUGGCGGUGGUGAGAAGGACGCUCGUGGCGAUAAUAUCGGUGGUGGGAAGCCCGCUGGAGCCGGUGAAAGAUGCGCACACGGUUUUCCUGCCGAGAAGCACGCGCUCUGUGUCAUAG